AAAUUUUUUGCCUUGCUGGUCCUUACGCACAAGCAAACGGUAGGCCCGCACACACACCUUCCCUCACACCAACGAUCAGCUCUACAGGCGGGCAUUGUAUUUUCGAGACAGUGGUCAACUGCGGGCAACCAAGCUGGUGGGCGUUGGCAAAGAAAGUGCACCAAGCAAGUGAGCGAGCAAACAAGCAAGCAGCAACUAUCAAGUUGGAGCGAUGUCGGGACGCACAUCCUCCUCCAUUGCCCGCAUCGGCAUUGGCCGGGCCGGUGCAACCGCAGACGACGACGAGGACGAGUCCCUGGCCCCAAUCAUCCACUAUGGCGACCAGAUUGUCCUGUUUGACAACCAGCGCGUUGGCUUUGUCACCUCAUCCAUUUCAAGUGCGAAGCAUGCGGCGGUGGAUGUGAUGCGUGUGCCCAGCCGCAAGAAACCCAAAAUCGGCAACAUCUCCACAGCCGUGUUUGAGAUCCUGCCACAGUUCAAGUUCAAGGCCCGCAAGGACCUGCAGCGCAAAAUCAACGCAUUGCGCCAAGCAAACGAGGGAAGCAUCUCCUUCGACGUGGCCAUUGGACGAGCAGACGACCCAGAAGAGCUGCAGAACCUCAAACUCCUCGCUGACGCCGAGGAUGAGGACAAUCGCAACGAGAUGAAGCGCCGCCACGGCGAUCAAGUCCUCUACGGACAAGUGGUGCUGCUGUACCAUCCACACUCUCGUCGCUUUGUACGUGUGCAAUCAAACGUCACGUCUCGUCGGGAGGCAAGCAACCUGCGCGUGGACAUGGACGACUUUGCGACGCGCAACUCGUGGUUCCGCAUCAUGCCGCGCUACAAAGUCCGCGCCGAGGGCGACCCCAUCCGCGUCACAGACCAGAUUGUGCUUGAGAGUCUCAAGACGGCGGGCCAGUUUCUGCACACGAGCUUCCAGCAGCACCCAGAGGACACGCCGGACCACGGGCUGUACGAGGUGAACUGCUCGGUGCAGCCGACAGCAUACUCCAUCUACGAGUUUGUGGACCACACGCGACGCGACGACGAGGAGGGCGCUGCUCAGCUGCUGCGUGGUGGCGACACGAUCCAGCUCUUCCACAAGGAGAUCAGCGCCUACAUCGCCGCAGAAGGCGUCUUCUCGUACCAAAAGCCCGUUGAGGACGUGCACAUGCGUAUCCGCCCCGCUGAUCAGACGAAACCGCACGGCAUGCUCCCGCCCACCAGCGCCGUCACCUUUUGGCAAGUUGAGUUUGUGGCCAAGACCAUGUCUGGUGGUCCCGUUGGAUGGGAACAAGACAUUCGCCUCAAGCACCUCCCAACACAGAUGUAUCUGUCGUUCCAGAUUGAGAGCGCUUCCAACCCCGUGCACGUGCCGUGCCUCACCUCGGAUCCAAACGACCCCAGCUGCGUGUUCAAGUUCUUUGCCGUCAUUCGCGAGCGCGAUGACAUCGCCAUGGACUCGUACUGCCGCAUUGCGCACAAGCAGACCGGGUACUGGCUGCACGCCGAACCCGACCGCAAGUACACGCGUCGCGGUCGGAACCUCUCCAUGCCGCCCACAGCAAACCCAGAGCUCAUCGCAAACACCAGGAAAAUCCGGUGGGAUGGUGCUGAGCUGUGCCAGCUCGGGCUGUCUGAGACGCGAAUGUUUGACGACGCCUUCAUCAUCCAGCCCGUCGACAAGGAAUACGUCUACAACGUCGGCUACGUUGCCGGCAUGAUUCCCGUCAUCCGCAUGUACACGCGUCUUCGCCUUCAGGGCGAGCCGCCAGUCGCCGUCUCAAACGCCGUCGUCUCAGCCCUGAAGGAGCUUAGCGCGUUUAUGUUUGUGAAGGGCAACCGCGUACGUGAGCGGCAGAAGCUGAUCCGAAACCUCUACGUCGUCGAGAUGCUCGUGGAGCUCCUCAAGUCCCCAUUCGCCCCUUUCAACACAAGCCCAUCUGCCAUUGGGCUCCAGGACUUGGCAGACCCGCGCAACCGCGAGACGCUGGCUGUUGUUGACGCGGCGUACAAGGUGCUGGAGACGUAUCUUCGCGGCAAUUCGCGCAAGAACGAACUCUACAUUGCCGCCCACAUCCCAUUCUUCCAAUCGCAGGUUGGCGCGGCGCUGGAAGUGGAGAAGAUGUACACGGAGCUGGUGCGCGACAACAACCAGAUUGUGCACGCCAUCACAGACAAGGAGAUUAUGAUGUUUGUGAACCUGCUCAAGACAGACAAGCAGCCGCAGUACCUGGAGUUUCUCAGCGUGCUCUGCGAGUGCAUUGGCGCACCUCUUCCCCACAACCAGGACAAAAUUGCAAAGGCCCUCCUCAUCGACAGCAACGACUCUGUGUACCUGACGGAGGUGAACGGGCAGGGCGAUGGCGUGGUGGUCAGCAUCGACAACGGCAAGACGUGGGGGUCGCUGUACGACUUUGUCAAGUCCGCCAUGGACGAAAAAGAUGACACGAGCACACCAGAGUACCUCUUCCUCGACCGUCAGCUUGAGCUCUUUGGAAAACUUUGCCUCGGCCGCAACGACAGCUCCAUCGACAUCAUUGCGAACCAGAAGAAGUACCUGACGUGGCGCGAGUGCUACCUGUGUGUCACCUCCGACCGUCUGCCAAAGAGCCUCCGCGCGAAAUACGUCGCCCUCAUGAUCCACCUCUUCAUCGACGUCGGCGACAACAGAGAUGUGCUGGACUCAACGACGCUGUCGUACUCCUGGGACGAUCUCAAGCCAGACCCGUACAAGGACGCGGCCGAGGACAGGACGACGGCGAUUACAGGAGCGCGCUUCCUCGAGUUUGCCAAGAUCCACAACUGGAUGCACGGCUACCUGGCAAAGCAGACGGACAUUGUUGCGACAGACAAGGCCAACAACAAGCUGCUGUCUGAAGUGCUCAACUUGCUCCAUCACCUCGUUGUGUUUGGGUACUACGCUGCCCCCGAAGACAUUGUCGAGCUGAUGAAGCCGCUGUCCUCUGUCGCUGACGGCCGCAACGACCGCUACGCUCACCCGUCCAAGCCUGGGGUCACCGAUUCUGAGCGCCGCGCACAAGUCCUCAAGGAAUGGCGCUCCAAUGGGCGGUUUGAGAAGAACGGCGAGAACGAAAUUGUGGCGCUGUGCAAGUUCCGCGCGAUGAAAGUGAUUGAGCUGCUGCUCAACCUCACCAUGAACGCCCGCCUGCAGCACAUGAUGCUUGACUUCAAGCUGCUGACGGCUGGGGAGCGCGACACGGGCCGCCAGCGCACGAGCACAUCUCGCCGGCGGGUGUACCCGAACGAGACGGCAACGCACCACGCGCGCACGAUCAAGGCGGUGCUCAACGCAAAGGACGAUAGCACGCUGUACCACUUGACGGAUGAAGUGCGCGCAUACAUCCACGACCUCACUGACGCGAGCAACUGGGUCACCCCUGGCUGGCACCCCAUCGACACUGCGAAGAACGACAUUGUGGAUGUGCUGGUUGACCUUGCGCGCUACGAGUACUCGCAUGUGCUCACGUCGGCCAUGCGUCUCACCCAUCGCCUCUUCUCGUCUCGCGACGAUCUCUUUGGCGACGCCAUCCAGGCCCAGUUCCUCCUCACAGACGACUCGAAGGAUUUGGCCAAGAAGCUGGGCAUCUACCUGCCGCAGCUGCGUCGUCUCACAAAGGGAUAUGUCGAGGCCUGUGAGACAGAGGACUAUCUGUCGAUUGUGACGGCGCUGGAGAAAAAGUGCUACGUGGAGCCCGAGAACCCGCAGUACAGCCAUCCGCACGACAUCAACCAGGGAAUCAUCUUCAACUCGGGCAUCCUCGACAUCCUCUUUGACGUCCUCAGCAAGAACGGACAAGCCACGGAAGUGCUGUGUGCGACAUUCCGUCUCCUGCGCGCGAUGGCGCUGAAGAACCCGCCAGUGCAGCAGAUGCUGUUUGACAACAUGGGCUUGAUGAUGAACCAUUCGCGCACGGAGGGAUGGCACGACGAUAUGGCGUACGCCCUCACAGAAGCGUUCACCCAGAACAAGACACUCUGCCUCAGCGUCCGCAGCGAGCAUCUUGAGCAAAUCAUGGAGCUGCUGCGCGACCACACGUGCGAGGCGCCGAAUCUGCUGGCCCUCCUCGCCGCCGUCGUCAAGGCCGAAGAGCUCGACCUCCCGCUCAAGCGCAACCAGGACAUGAUUGUGCGGUUCUUGAUGGAGUACCGAGACAUCAUCAUCACCCCCGCAUACAUUGAUGACGAGUCGAGUGCAGAGAUCAACGAGAAGCGCCUCGCUCUUCUGCGCGAGGAAUUCCCGAGCGCGGACGAGCUGAAACUGCGUACAUAUCACUGCAACAUUGUGCGGCUGCUGGCGGGCUGUGCAGAGGGCGAGAACAAGUACAUUGAAAGCAUGUGCCAGACCAUCUUCUCCAUUGAGGAAAUCCUCCAAGUUCUCGAGGAUGACCUGAUUGACCCGCUGUUCAAGGGCCCGUACAUGGAAUUCCUCCUCUGGGUGUAUCUGAACACGGGCGAAGCGAGCGAGGAGCUGCUGGAGGCGCGACUGGAGACAGAACUCCGCCUGUGGGACAGCAUGAAGCGCAUCGGCACGGAGAGCUCGUUCCUGAAGAGCGAUACGCCGCGGUCAGAGGAGCUUGCGUUUAUGCUGGACAGCUACGUGCCCCUUCUAUCAAAGUUGGUGAAGGACUUCUUCGUGAAGGAGGCGAGCCCUGCCGUGCGCCGCUGCGUCGGUGUCAUGGCAAAAGCAAUGGCCGAUUUCGGCAUGAAAGCCCUCAGCAUUGUCGGCGACCGCAGUCUUGUCAAACGCGUCGCCACGUGCAUCAUGCUCCUCGCCUCAAAGUCACCCGGCCACGUGACGCAAGAUACGCUGGACACGCUCGGCGCGCGCCUGACUGCGCAGGAGGCCGGCAUUGUGGAUCUUCCUGUUGUGCAGCGCUACUACGAGUACUACCUUGACGAGAUCCAAGUCAACACGGAGUUCAACGAGUUUGCACGCCGCCUCCGCCUGGCAUACGGCGGUGCCAACACGAUGCGACGGCAGCUGCUGCACGGCGUGAGCGGUGUGGACGACCCAAGCAACCAGUACUGCGAAGAGCCCCAUGAAGACGAGGCGCUGCCGCUGUUCCCUGAGUUCCAACGCGAACUGGAUGUGUUCUGCAAGUACGGCGAGGUCGGCGGCGUUGUUGCUCCCGUGCAAUGCCGUCUCUCCAUCACACAGCUCGUCCGCCAGCUCACAGCGGUGCUGGACGACGACACCCUUGAGAUGGACUUUCGAACGCUUCGCCGCCGCACGCUCCUCAACUGCCGCACCAUGCAGAUUCUUCGGGCCAUCCUGCACAACGCCGUCACCCUCGGCGCCCCGACGCAGCGGCUGCAGGAUGACAUGACGCCGGCUGUGCUGCCUGUGAUGUUCCUGCUGCAAGAUCACGACUCGCGCGUGGUGCAGGAGGCGCUGGCCGCGCUCGCGCUCAUGCUGAAGGACGGACACCGUGGCGCCCAGGGGCAAAUUCAAGAGUACUUCCUGGGCACGCGUGAGGAGCUGUUCUUUGAAGUGGUGCAGGCCAAGGUCAAGAACGCAAUGGAGACAACGACGGAACUUCGAAACCUGCGGCGCCAGCUGGAAAUCAAGACGUCCACCCAGGAGAAGCUGCUGGGCACUCUCACGCUUGCGGGGCAGCUGGGCCAGCAGGUGAGCGAUGCGCUGGGGAGCGUGCGCUCUGUGUCGAGUCAAGUUGCAGAGACCAUCAUGUCUGCGCAGAAGCAGCCGAACAAGGCGCAACCCACAAGCGACCUGGGCUUCCAGGACACGGGCAACAUGGAGCUUGUGCUGCGAGUGAUGCAGCUCAUGUGCGAGGGCUACAACUUGACGCUCAAGGAGUACCUGCACAAGCAGGAAGACAACAUUCGCUCCAUCGAUUUGGUCGCGGAGACGGUGUCUUUCUUCCAGGUCUACAUCGAGGAGAUCACAGAGGACAACGUGCCCCUCAUCAUCCAGACGGCGGAAGCGCUGGUUGAGUUUGCCCAGGGCUAUCCGCCAAACCAGGCCGUCGUCUUUGAUGAGCAUAUUGUCGACCACAUCAACUUCCUGCUCCGCUUCCCAAUCAACUGCCACGAAAGCUAUGUGGCGUGGCUGAAGCAUGCGCUGGGAAAACUGCUGCUGUCGCUGCUUGAGAACGACGAUGAACGGACGAAGCAGAUGGCGUCCGAGGUGGACGACACACUCGACAUUCGCGCUGUCAUCGAGACCAUGCAGUACUUCUACGACCAGCACACAAAGCGCCUGGACACGAAGUGGUACGGCGAAGAUUCGCCAAUUGACGAGGACGACCGUCUCAGUGCCGUUGAGAUUGGCUACACCUUCUACAACGUCGUUGUUCGCCUCGCGGACUUUACCGGCAAGGACUACCUGAACGACCCGCAUUGCUACCGCAUCCCGCCCGAAGUUGACAGGAAGGGCCGCGUCAAGAACGACGCUGCGGACUUUUAUGGCAAGCAGUCCUGCUCCAUUGAGAUCUUGCGCGACGGGCGCGUGCACAAGGUUCACUUUUUCAACGCGUUCAAGGGGCAGCUGCGCGACGACGACAAGAACAGGGUGGUGUGGACGGUUGACCGCUCCUCGCCAACAGACAAGAUCCGCGACUUUGUCAGCAAGUGCCGCACCAACAUUGCCGACUUCCGUUACCACAAGUUUGUGCGCGACCGCGUGCCGGCGGCCAAGUCUGUCAUCAACUACAGCCGGCGGUGGUCGCAGGCGCUGCUGCUGCUCACCCUCGUCAUCAACGUUGUCAUCCUCACAGCCUGGCGCGCGCCUCGCGACCCGCUCACCAUCCUGCCAGACACGCGGGACUGGUUCCCGGAGGUGCUGUACAUUCUGGGCGGGUUCCAUGUGUUCUUCUCCACCAUGACGGCGUUUUCGUACUUUCUUGUGCACCCGCCCUCCUUCCGCGCCACCAUCUCCUCGCUCCCCUUUGGUCGCGAGCUGCUCAGCUACCUUCCCUCGGAUGAAUCAGAGCGAACACAGAAUUCGCUGCUGGGUGCUGAGUCGUUCCAUCACUUCUUGCUGAUUCCGCUCUCUGUCCUCGGUCUCCUGUACUCGGGUUACUUCUUCGCGUACCACCUCUUCCACGUUAUCAUCGGCAACGACAUUCUCAACCGCGCCAUUCGCGCUGUGACGAAGAACGGGCAAUCGCUGCUGUGGGUGGCAGGGCUGCUGUGCAUUGUCGUGUACGUUUACUCGUUCCUUAUCUUCGCAUUCCUCCGUCGGCGCGUCCCAUAUGAGGACGGCUACUGGUGCGACACGCUAUUCCAGUGUUUUGUGACGAGCCUGCGGUUUGGGUUGAUGAACGGCGGCGGGCUUGGCGAAGGGCUGAUUCCGGAGACGUUCAGCUGGCGCGACGCUGGCCUGCGUGUCAUCUUUGACCUUUCCUUCUUCAUCCUCGUCACGAUUGUUGGCCUCAACGUCGUGUUUGGUAUCAUUGUGGACACGUUCUCCGAGCUCCGUGAUGAGAAAUACCAGAUCGAGGAUGCCAUGGAGAACGAGUGCUUCAUCUGCAGCAUCAAGAGCCACGAGUUUGAUCGCUAUGGCAAGGGAUUCGAGCACCACAUCAAGCACGAGCACAACAUGUGGAACUACCUCUAUUUCCUGCUCUACCUGGACCAGAAGGACAUGAACGACUACACGAGUCACGAGUUCUACGUGUCCUCGCGCUUGGCAGAGAAGGAGGAGCUCCAGUUUUUCCCCGUUAACCGGGCGCUGGCGUUGGACCACCGGAAUGCCGAACAAGACACGGUGGACGUGCUUCGUGAAGAAGUGCGUGGCCUCCAUGCCAAGCUUGACGCCGUUAUUGCUCGACUCCUCGUGGACGACGCGUCGGCCACCUCCUGAUGUCGCUGCUUUUUCCAUUGCUGCUGUUUCUUGUGUACCGCCGCUUCCUUGUUCCCGCCUUGUUGUUUCCCGCCUUGUUGUUUCCGUUUGCCCCCUGCGCUCGUUGUUUGUUUCAGGGGUUGUUGCUGCUCUUACUUUCGUUGAGCCUGAAAAGCUCGCCCAUUUCGUUGCUUCCUCGUUUCGCCAUUUCCGUUGUUUGCGCAGUUUUGCAUCCGUGUUGCUCACUCACUUGCGUGUUUCCCUCUUGCCUGACAUGUUCAUGUCACCCUCGUGUUUCUUGCUUUGAGCUGGAUGAAUGAAACCUCCCGUACGUGA